GCGGCAGCAGCAGCAGCUCAUCAUGCCGUGCUGCGGUGUCCUCGGUCUGUGUCAGUAUGAGACCAACAAGCUGGUCCGGAUCCAGAGCGUCCGGCUCGGCUCUCUCAAGUGGAGUCUGAACGGAUUCAUUCUGCUGUUCAUCUGCAUCAUGCUGCUGUGGAACAGGAAGUACCAGGAGUUUGACCUGGUGGUGAGCUCUGUAACCACCAAGGUGAAGGGCGUAGCCCAGACCCGUCUGCCCGGGGUCGGGGAGGUGGUCUGGGAUGUGGUGGACUACAGCGGGCCCUCACAGGACAAAAACUCGUUCUUUGUGGUGACCAACAUCAUUGUCACAAAGAACCAGAAGCAGGGAAGAUGCCCAGAGGCUCCCCUGAAAGGCAGACUGUGUCGUACUGAUAAAGACUGUGAGAAAGGAGCCUGGGAUCAGCAGAGCCACGGGAUUCAGACAGGGUCAUGUGUAAAGUUUGACGUGUUGAGGAAAACCUGUGAGGUUUCUGCGUGGUGUCCAACCGAAACCAGGACGAACCCUCCAAGGCCUGCUCUGCUGGCAGCAGCUGAGAACUUCACAGUCCUCAUCAAAAACAACAUCAGAUUUCCCGCGUUCAGCUUCAUCCGACGGAACAUCCUCCCAGAGAUGAACGACGCCUACCUGCAGAGCUGCCAGAGAGGAAACGACUCGCUGUGUCCAAUCUUCAGGCUGGGAGACGUCGUUCGAGAGGCGGGAGAGAAGUUCUCUGAAAUGGCGGUGGAGGGGGGCGUCAUUGGCAUCCUAAUCAAAUGGGAUUGCAACCUGGACCCGCUAAUGCAGCGUUGCCUCCCCAAAUACUCCUUCAGACGGCUGGACGAGAAAGAGAGCAACAAGACGCUCUACCCCGGCCUCAACUUCAGGUACGCAAAGUACAACUUAGUGAAUGGAGUGGAGGAGCGAACGCUGUACAAAGCGUUCGGGAUCAGGUUUGAUGUCAUGGUGUUCGGACAGGCGGGAAGGUUCAGCUUCAUCCAGCUCAUCAUCUACAUCGGCUCGACGCUGUCGUACUACGCUCUGACGACCAUAUUGAUCGACUGGCUGAUUGGAACCAGCUGUUACUCUGCAGAGGUCGGACACAACUACUCAGAGAGGAAAGUGGAGUCAGUCCAAGACAAACAGAAGUGCAUCCUAUGCGUAUCCUACGUUGAUGAGAACAACGUUCGGCUGGUGAAGGGAUCAAAGAAGAGAAGUUUACAAGACGUCAAGCCGACGUCUGUUCAGCCACGCAAGGAGGACACCGGACAGCUGAGAGCCGUUCUGUCUCUGCUACAGCCGGGUGUCGGCCUGGAUGGUGACGCUCAGCCUCCCCUCGACCACAAACCCGACCCGGACCCCAAACCCCGUCGUCCAGCCUGGUGUAAGUGUGACUGCUGCGCUCCCUCGUCUGUCCCUCAGGAGGAGCUGUGCUGUCGGCAGAGCGGCGGCGCCUGCAUCACCUCGUCCCCUCUGUUCCAGCAGCUCGUGUUACGCCGCUCUCUGCUGGAGGCCAUCCUUCUUUAUCGGGACCCUCUGUCUUCACCCACUGAUGGAGGCCAAACCUCCGCCAUGCGUCACUGCGCCUACAGACAGUACAUCAGCUGGAGGAUUGGGGUCCCCCCUAACGACACCCACCCUGCCAUCCCCAGCUGCUGUGUGUGGAGAAUCAGGGAGGCGUACCCGAGCCCGGACGGUCAGUACAGCGGCUUCAGACCUGCCACGAUGGCGUCCAUGCAGGCCUGCGCUAACGGAGAGCUGUGAGGGGAGUGUUUCCACAUCACAGAGCAGGGACUCCCUGCUCACUGACCUACUAACAGUGGCCUUAUAUUACAGCUGACUUGCAAAGCAAAAAAAUGCAAUAAGUCACUAAACUAAAACCUCACUGAGUCAAUAAAUCAGCGCAUUUUCUAACAUCUGUCAAGAAACAUCUGUCUUUGACUUCUCAGUAAAAAUAUCUAUGAAGCACUUUUUCUCAGUGUCACUCCCUUUAAGGAGCUUUUUGAGGGCAGAAAUAGCAUUUUAACGGAUUUCCCUGCCAGGAAUGUGUUAACAUCCGUCAUAUCACAGAAAGGCAACAUUUAAAGGUAUAAAAUAAAAUCUUACUUCAAACUCCAAACAGGCCAUAGCAGCAAAUGUUAAUUCACUUUGUGUGUUAAAGACCUGAUUACAGUAACAUGGUGUUGGUCAUUUGUUUAAUCCUCAUGCCAACAGAACUGAAAAAUCAACAGUUUGUGGCUUUAGGGGGUGAAAAACUGCACAGGAUCAGAGUCAUCGGUGAAGUUGCCAGGUUCAGUACCGUCGAGCCUGUACAGAAACCAAAAUCUGUUCUCACCGACCGAGUCUGAACAGAAGUGCUGGGCGAAUGGAUAAGACGAGUCGUUCCAGCACGUAGCUUCUCCCCACGCCAUAAUUAGUUGUUGUACCUUGUUUUAAACAAGGUGUGAAUUAGUGAGCUUGAAAGGUGCUGUGGAUGUUAUUAAAGCAAGGCUAACUGUUUCCCUCAACUUUCAGUCUUUAUGCUAAGCUAGGCUAACCAUAUUCUGACUUUCAUGCUUAAAUAGUGCAACAAUUCAUUGCUUUUUGGCUUUCUUGCCAAGAGUUAGAUGAUCAUCUGUGUGCUAAUGUGAAGAUGUAGCCAGCAGACUGGAGGCAGCAGGAAACAGCUUCAUAUCUACCGUACAGACA